AUGGCCUACAACUCCCCCGCCUCCUCCGCUUGGGCCACGUGGAACUUGGCUAGCGCGUCGGCCAUGCCUAUUUCGGCAGGCGAAGGCGCCAGAUUCACCCCGCCUUCCUCCUUCUUUGUCUGCUUUCUCCAUGUCCGCAUCCAGCUCCGAUGCCUGCUGUCCGCCACUCCCUCCUCCUUUGGUGCCUCCUGCUCGGGAGAGUACAGACGCAAGCCGGCUGCAAUCCAAGUGGCGCGCCGUGCUGGAUCUCCGCUAGGAGCUCCGACCAGCUUUGCAAAGCCACCGGCUCGCAACCGCGCACGGGCUGAAGAUCCAAGCCCGGAUUACUUUUUUGCGCUAGCAGGCGAUGCACAGUUCUCCACUAGUCACUACCACGAAUGCCCUGGCAUACAAGUAUAUACUAUCUUCCUGGGAUUCGACGAGAGCCCACCUGCUUACCAUUCCCUCCCGGCUAAGGGCGUCGUUCCACAGAUGAAAAGCGGCGUCAACUUCGCAUCAGGAGGGUCAGGCCUACAGGAGAACACGGGCCUACUCCCUUGUGGGCGACCAGUGUACAGCAUGACCGACCAGCUCGAGAAGUUCACGGCGGCCGUCCAGAUGAUGGGGGACGACUCGGACGACCUCAUCUCCAGAUCGCUCUUCUUCAUCAGCGUCGGCAGCAACGACCUGUUCGAGUACGCCUACCCCUGGCCGACGCCCCCGAACCGCAACGACACCGCCUUCCUGGGAUGCCUCGUCGACCAUUACAAGACCUACCUGCAGGAGCUGUAUGCGGCCGGGGCGAGGAAGUUCAGCAUCGUCAGCCCGUCGCUGGUGGGGUGCUGCCCGUCGCAGAGGGCGGUGGCGGUGACACAUAACAAUGACACCGACGAGUUCAACUGCUUCGGCGCGGCGAACAAGCUCUCCAGGCAGCUGUACCCAAUGAUAGACUCGAUGCUGCAGGGCCUCAACGCUGAUCUGGACGGCAUGAACUACUCCCUCUCCGACUCCGUAGGGAUGGCCCAAAUGGUCUUCGCCAGCGGCGGAAAAGCCGUCAACCUGACGGUGGUGGACACGGCGUGCUGCGCCGGCACAGGACGGUUCGGGGUGGGCCAGUGCAACACCUCCGCCAAGCUCUGCCCAAACCGCGACGACUUCAUGUUCUGGGACGGCUUCCAUCCGACGGAGGAGGCGUCGUUCCUGGCCGCGAUCGAGAUCUUCGGCGACACCGGCAAAUACCUCCACCCGAUGAACGUGAGGCAGCUGGCGGCGCUCUAA